AUGAGCCAUGGUCAUGAUACAUUUACAGUUAAAGGGUUUGAUAAUUGGAAUAAAGUUUGUGGGAAACAAUGUGCAUUCAUGAAGCACAUUAAAACUUCACAUCAUAGAGACGCCCUUUUAUUCAGUCAAAACUUAUUGAACCAAGAAGCACACGUUGAUAAUUCCAUAUCGAAGCCAAAUAAGGAGAUAAUUAUGAAGAACCGUUCACGAUUAAAGACUACUGCUGAUGUAGUUCGUUGGUUGACAUACCAAGCUUGUGCUUUACGAGGACAUGAUGAAUCUGCUAGUUCUAAAAAUCGAGGUAAUUUUCUGGAAUUGCUAACACUACUUGCUUCUUAUAAUGAUGAAGUUUCAAAGGUUAUACUAGAGAAUGCUCCUUAUAAUGCAAAGUAUACUUCUGAAGAUAUUCAAAAAGAAAUUCUUAGUAUUAUUGCAAAUAAAAUUCAAAAGCAUAUUCGUAGUGAAGUGGGGGAUUCGGCCUUUUGUGUCAUGGUUGAUGAGUCACGAGAUGAGUCAAAGAAAGAGCAAAUGGCCAUAGUUGUGAGAUUUGUUGAUGAAGAAGGGAUGAUACAAGAAAGGUUCUUGGAUUUGGUUAAUGUUAGGGAUACUUUAUCAGUAACCCUAAAAACAAGUUUGUGGAAACAACUUUUGCAUUAUCAGUUUGAUGUAAGUAAAAUCCGUGGGCAAGGUUAUGACGGUGCUAGCAAUAUAAGAGGGAAAUGGAACAGAUUACAUGCACUUGGUCUUGAAGAAUGUCCUUAUGCGUAUUACGUUCAUUGCUUUGCUCACAGGUUACAACUUGCCUUGGUUUGUGCUUCAAGGGAAGUUAUUCCAGUACACCAAUUCUUUACAUACUUGGUUGACAUAGUUAAUGUGGUUUGUGCUUCUAGUAAGCGGCAUGAUGAAUUACAAAAGGCAAAGGCAAGCGAGGUUGAAAAGUUAUUGGAACUGGGUGAAAUCAAUUCAGGGAAAGGACAGAAUCAACUUGGGACAUUAAGAAGAGCUGGAAUAAUCGAUGACGUAGCUCAUACUACUUUUGCUCAACGUGGAGAUGCUGAAGGAGCUUGGCGUAACAUGCAAUCAUUUGAGUUUGUCUUUAUUCUUCACUUGAUUGAGAAAGUAAUGGGAAAAACCGAAAUACUUUCUCAAGCAUUACAAAGGAAAUCCCAAGAUAUUCUGAAUGCCAUGGAAUUAGUUUUGGCAACAAAGAUUACUCUAAAUAAUUACAGAAACGAUGGAUAG